AUGCAAACAGAACCAAAACACAUGACUUGUCGCAGCCCUACUCCCGGUGCAGUGACUCGAAGAGCGUUCGAGGCCAUACUCGCCAUUGUCGCCCUAUCCUUUGUCACCGUCCACAUCCGCGAGACUGGCGCUGAUGGAAUCUGGUUCUACUGCGUGAUUGCAGGGUUGUCGCUUGUCCAUAUCCUUUUAACGGUGAUGGCAGAGCUCACGAUGGGGUUUGCCGUGCCCAUUGUCGCCGAUAUGGUGCUUGCUGGUCUAUGGUUUGGCGGGGGUAUCAUCACAUUUACGCUGCCGCCGCUGCGGUGGAUGCCAGCCUUGUUUGCCUUGUCGUUUGCUCAAUUCAUCCUGUACACGGUGGAAGUGGUGUCGGGAGCCAUCGGUCUCCAGUGUAUGUGA